UUACCCUUCAGUGUUCACAGGCAGCUUGUAAAUAGGAGCAGAAGAGGGUGAAAGUGUUUGCAUACAGUGCUGUCAGCUGAAAGAUGAAACAACCGGCAGGAAAGAGCGAUGCUGCUCAAUAUAACCCAGAAAGAAAGAUCUCCGGGUAAGAGCUGCUUUCUUUGGCAUUUCUAUAUGAGAUUACAGAGGUGAAGAAAUGGGCUCCUCAAGAUAAGGAUCCACUAAUGGAAACUUUGGGAUCUAAGGACACUUGACUCGGCAAAGCAAAAAAUAAAAAAUAAAAAUGGAUCCAGCUUCUCCCUGGAUCAAUGUUACUGAAGGAGCAGCCUCAAAUGGAUGUAAGGUUGGGUUAUUUGGAGAGGGACACUUUGGAGGCAAAUCCUGUAAGCAUGCUCAAGGCUUUUGAACCAGAGCUCAAGAGGAUCUAUUUAGACAUACCUUGCUUUUGAAAUUAUUUGAGGCAAUACCUGCACACAGACUCCUGCCAGUUUCUACAACUACCAAGAGAGGCAUACAGAGCAGCAGUUACAUGCUGGCCUUAGAUUACAGCAUAUUGCUUAAAUGCCUGUUUAUUCUGAGUGAGACAACCCAAUAUUUUCAGGAGCAUAAUUCAGAGUCUCUAGGCACUCUCUGAUUUUACCGAUUCAUUCUACUGUUGCCCAUUCACACAUCAGUGUCUUGCGACAGGAUUAUACGCAGUGUGAAUUUGACUUUGAGAACUUAGUUCCAUGCUAGUGACAAACCAGGGUGAGCUCAACUGUUACAUGAUGAAUGUACUGACCUUGGCUUUAUUUAUUUGGAAACUGCUUGGAAAGCUGUUAGUUUUCUUUGUCCUGUGCAUUCAAGUCAGCACCUUAAACAAUUGUACUCUCAGAAGAUGUCCCGAAGUUUGCAUUUGUACUGCUGAUCUCAUGAGUUGUGCCAAGAAGGAUCUUGAACAGGUCCCCAGCACCCUGCUUCCCACAGCCACUACCUUGGACCUCAGCUACAAUAACAUUACUCAGCUUAAUGACCACUGGCUGGCUGCCUUACCACGUCUCCAGACCCUCAGGAUCAGCCACAACAAGAUCCACAGUAUCAGCCGGCAAGUGUUCCACGAUGCCACUUACAUUUUACACCUGGACAUGUCUUCCAACUACCUGAGCACUGUGGAGAAGUACUACUUUGAUGGCCUUGUGAAGUUGGAGGAGCUCUUGCUAUACAACAACAAGAUUGUACAAGUCGAUCAAAAUGCUUUUGUCAAGUUAAUCAGAUUGCAAAAAGUCUACCUGAGUUGGAACAGGCUAACAAAAUUUCCAUUUGAGUCCAUUCAAAGACUUGAACACCCAUACCUGAGGACCCUGGAUCUGUCUGCUAACAACCUAAGCAGCAUUCCUGUUCAAGUAAUAGCAACUUUGCCCGGGUACAUAAAAAAUGGCUUGUACCUUCACAACAACCCUGUGAUAUGUGACUGCUCUCUUCAUCUGAUGCUCCAGGAAUGGAAGCACCGCGGUUUCAGUUCUGCGGAGGAUUUUGUAGAGGAGCACACCUGCAAAGCUUUCCCCAAUGUGCCACGUUCCUUAGUCAACACCUUCAAUUACAACAAGUAUAUUGGAGAUUGCUCCUGGAACCAAUUUGACAUUCCCCAAAUCCUCUGCCAAGUGGGAGAAUCCUUGGUAAUAGACUGCAACACGAGCCUCCAUAAUGACAAUGCCACAAACUACAGAUGGAUCUCUCCUAGACAUGAAUUAUUCAUGUACCCUGAGCACAGUAAUCAGGUGCAUCAACCUUUCAGAAAUGGAAGCCUAUUGAUCAGAAAGGGUACCCUUUCCCAUUCUGGCGUUUAUGUGUGCAUAGCCAUCAACGAGUUCCAACAGAUCAACCAGACGUUUGAAGUCAACAUCACAUUUCAAUACCCCAAACCACCCGAGUCUUUCAAUACUGGCCUCACAACCCUCUUAGGGUGUGUUGUAACCCUGGUACUUGUCCUCAUGUACUUGUACCUCACACCAUGUCGCUGCUCCAAGUGCUUCAAGAAGCCUGCAAGCCCCCCUCCAGACUGCAGUGCCCAAUCGUCCAUCCUUAGUACCACCCCGCCAGCCACAGAUGGGCCAAAUCGCAAGAUCAGCGCAAACAAGCAUGUUGUUUUCCUAGAGCCCAUCAAGGAAGCCCAGAAUGGCAAGGUCAGGUUGGCCGUUAGCGAGGACUUUCCAGAAGCUAAAAGCCCCAGACUCUUACAGCUCAAGCUGGACAAUGAAUCAAUCAGCUCAGUCUUUUCAGAUCCUCUCAUCAUGUCCUAUGAGGAACGAGAACAGAAACCGGCAGAUGGAUAGAAAGCAAUCCACAGGAAGGAUGCAGCCAAAGUGGGGGUGGGGAAGGUAUGGUGUCAAACCCCAUAUCCAUUGUGGGAGGGAGAGGAAAGACAAUAUAUAUUUACAAAGCAUCUCCUCACUGAAAGGCACAGAGGAAUUCUCUUCAUCUCCCUUGGAUGGACUACUGUGGUUUAUUCUUAAUUUCCUUCAUCUCCCCUGGAAGAUGGUGGAGGCCUUUUCUUCUAACAAUUCUAGUCUGACUGUCCCAGAAUCCAUUUG